AUGUCGUGCUGCGGCGGUGCGGAGGAAGAAAACUACGGCCCCCCUCCUAACCAAUAUACAACUGCUCCACCCCGAGGUGGCGGUGGAGGUGCAUAUGGAGGCGGAGGCAAUGACAGAGGAGAGCCAAGGAGUUCCAAUCCGGUUAAAAGUGGGGCUCCGGCAAAGGCCUUGCCUAUUGAAAUUCCGGCUAUGCCUUUGGAUGAGUUAAAUAGGCUAACGGGUAACUUUGGUCAAAAGGCUUUGAUAGGGGAAGGUUCUUAUGGUCGGGUUUUCUAUGCGAAACUAAGUAGUGGUAAGCCUGUUGCAAUUAAGAAGUUGGAUGCAGGUUCAGGAGAGCCAGACUCAGAUUUUGGAUCUCAAUUAUCAACAGUAUCAAGACUUAAGCAUGACCAUUUUGUGGAGUUGAUGGGGUAUUGCUUAGACGGAAAUAAUCGAAUUUUGGUUUUCGAGUUUGCACAGAUGGGGUCUUUACAUGACAUAUUGCAUGGAAGGAAAGGAGUACAAGGAGCUGAACCUGGUCCAGCUCUAAGUUGGAAUCAAAGAAUUAAAAUUGCCUAUGGUGCAGCCAAAGGCCUCGAGUAUCUGCAUGAAAAGGUUCAACCUUCCAUAGUUCAUCGGGAUGUCAGAUCCAGCAAUGUGCUACUCUUCGAUGAUCAUGUUGCGAAAAUUGCAGACUUCAACUUGACCAAUCAGUCAUCAGACACAGCUGCACGACUUCAUUCGACUAGAGUUUUGGGAACCUUUGGCUAUCAUGCUCCUGAGUAUGCUAUGACGGGGCAGAUAACACAGAAGAGUGAUGUUUACAGUUUUGGGGUUGUUCUAUUAGAGCUCUUGACCGGAAGAAAACCUGUAGACCAUACAAUGCCAAAAGGACAACAGAGUCUUGUUACCUGGGCAACUCCAAGAUUGAGCGAGGACAAAGUGAAGCAGUGUGUUGAUCCCAAACUAAACAACGACUACCCACCAAAGGCGAUUGCUAAGUUGGCAGCAGUGGCAGCACUUUGUGUGCAGUAUGAAGCUGACUUCCGGCCAAACAUGACAAUUGUUGUGAAGGCUCUACAGCCAUUACUCAAUUCAUCAAAACCUGCUGGACCAGACACAAAUGCUUAGAUGUUAAGAUGAUGAGCUUGUACCACAGAAUCUGCAGCAACUUGUCCUGUGUGCUUCAAC